GGCCUUUUCUUCGAUCGUAGGAAAGUCAAUCAUGCGCCAUUCCAUCGUAUUUUAGUAGUCGUUCGAGUGUUAAACCGUUUCAAAGUGCUUGUUAUUGUCCAAGUUUGAAGGCAUAUCGAACUGCGCUCAUUCAUAGAGCCGUCAUUCUGGAUUUUCAGUACCAUCCGGAACGAUUCUCGGAGGCGGACGUGUGUGAAUGAUCAUCAUUAUAAAAAUUUACGAUUGGAAGCAAUGGAAAAAGUUUUGGCAAUAUUCUCGCUGCUGAUAGCUGUGGCUGUGGCUCAAAACUUCAAAUCGUGCGGCGAAAAUGAAAUAUGCGUGGACAUUCGGAAAUGUCCUAAGUACAAAAGCUACAUAGGACUAUCAUUCGCGAAUCUGCCGAGUGAAUUGAAAUCGAUGGCCAAGGCAAAUGUGUGCAGUACAGAAAAGACAGCGGAGGGACAAGUGAUAAAUGUGUGCUGCCCGACCGUGCUGAAUCCGAAACAGUGCGGAGUACAGGCAGGUGAUCGCAUCUCUAAAGGUACCGUCGCCAAACCGUUCGAGUAUCCGUGGAUGGUUCUGCUCAAGGACAGUUCCGGUGCAUUUGUCUGCGGUGGCACACUGAUCAGCAAACGCUACGUUCUGACGGCCGCUCACUGUCUCCGCGGAUACUUCAAUAUUACCUCGGUCAGGUUGGGUGAAAACGACAUCCGGAAGGAAAUCGAUUGUAACGUUGUGGACGGCGAAGAGGACUGCGCUGAUCCACCUCAGGAUAUUGAGGUUGAAAAGACAGAACGUCACCCAGGCCACAGUGAGCGAAUGAAGAAGAACGAUAUAGCACUUAUUCGGCUGAAACGCAGUGCCCAGCUAUCUGACAGCGUUCGAGUCAUUUGUCUUCCAAACGGAACUCCUGCACAAAAGGCUGUUCAGCCGGAGUUUUGGGUUGUGUCAGGUUGGGGUCUUACCGAGGAUGGAGCUGCAUUCGACGUGCUACGAUAUGCCCGAGUUCCUCCAGUGAGCCAGGACAAAUGUGCCCAGAGAGUUAGAUCGCUGAAUAACUAUCUCACGCUAGACCCAAGCCAAAUUUGUGCCGGCGGUAUCGAUGCGGUAGACAACUGUUCCGGAGAUUCCGGUGGGCCAUUACAAUAUGUAUCGACAGUUGCGGCUCGAUACAUACAGUACGGAGUUGUGUCCUAUGGAGUGAGAGAUUGCGGGGUUCAAAGUGAACCUGGCGUCUACACUAACGUCAAUCACUAUUUGAACUGGAUUGUUGAAAAUGUUGAUGAAUAAGUGAUGAUGAAUUUCUACUGCUUGUCGAAUAAACGUUAAGUGAGAUUAUCAAUUCAAAUAACACCCAAAAUUCAGCCUCUA